UUCCAAUCCUCGUGAAUGCUGUAAUUUAGUUUAACUCUAACAUCUAAAACCCGAAACAUAUCCGACGUAACCACACACACAUUAUCAAAACCUCAAAUACACAAAAUGUCUUCCCAAAACCAAGGCCACGAAUCUCCUCCAGCGGAGAAGCAAUCUGAUUCCCAGAAGGCCGCUCCUUCCUCAGGACAGGGCGUCAGUGACAAGCCCAACACCGAACAGUCCGCCAAGGACCAGCUCAAGGACCUUAAAUCCAACCCGACGGGUGCGAUGGAGGAUCAUUUGGAGGAGAAAUUCAAGAAAGACUUCCCUCAGAAGAAAUAUUAGCACGUUCGAGAAGAGGCUGUAAUAAUAGUAUUAUGAUGGACAUAACGUACAUGUAACUAUAGCGAAUGUGCCAAACAAGCGAAUGUGCCAAAAUUCCACGACUACCCUACAAACAUUGCGAUAAACCCACCACAACACUAGAAAUCAAUUAAAACUACUCAUGAGUCCUCUCCCUCAGACGUGUCUAUUACAAUCUGACAAGUGCACGCAUUGUUCUUAGUCCCACCACAGUUGCCAUAGCGACGUGCACGCGUUUCUUCCCUUGGCUUCCGACUACUACUUGCCUUUUUAUUUCCUGCUUGCUCUACCUGCUGCACAACAUCCCUCUCAUCCUGCAGCUCCUAACGAUUAUAGCUUAUGGUUGUUAUGGUUGUUAUGGUUGUUAUGGUUGUUAUGGUUGUUAUGGUUGUUAUGGUUGUUAUGGUUGUUAUGGUUGUUAUG